AUGGAACGAACACAACCAGAAGGAACACAAGGAACAACGCAAGAGCCUGAAGGACAAAAGUUUAGGCUUGUAGCACAAACAGAAGCAGAAGAACAGGCCUACAACUAUGUGCAGUACAGGAACACGCCGAAACCAUCUGGAUUGGUAGGAUCGGUGGCUCAUAUAGUGAAAGGAGCUUUGGGAGCAGGAAUCCUCAGCGGACAUGUGGCGUAUAAAAAAGCUGGCGUUUUUGUUGCCAUACCGAUGAAUAUAUGCUUCGGAAUCUACAUGGGUUAUUGUCUUUAUUUACUGGUGAAGUCAGCUCAAGUUUUGUAUCGGAGAACCCGGGUACCAACGAUGACAUAUCCAGAUGUGGGUGAAGCAGCUUGUGCGUGUCAUUCUAACCCAAAGAUCGUGAAAUUCGCCAAACACUUCAGGCAUCUUAUCGACACAAUGAUAUGUAUGGACUUAUUUGGUUCAUGCGCUUCAUAUCAAAUUAUUAUAGCAAAAUCUAUAAAACAACUGGUUGAGAACACUGAGCACACAUCUAUGGAAGGUAUUAAGGUAUUCUGCAUAGGAGUAGCGAUAGCUUACGCCUUUCAAAAUAAUCCAAAGUUUGAAGGCAUGACUCCUUAUACAAGCUUAUACAGUUUCCUGCAAUUCGUUGGCAUGAAUGUAUUCAGCAUGUCAUGUGUUAGCGUUGUUGUACCUAUUGAGAAUAACAUGAAGGAUCCGACAAAGUUUGGUCUAGCUAUAACCGUGGGAAUGGGUCUUGUAAUUCUCAGCACUUUCUCAGUAUCCUUCUUUGGUUAUGCUGCAUUCCUGGAGAAUAGCGAAUCACCGAUUACUGUCAAUUUCGCUCUUAAUACGUUAGGAAAGGUGGUGAAAGGCAGUAUCAUCGUCAUGAUUUACAUCACACAUGGCCUAAACUUUUGGGUGCCUUUCAUGACCGUUUUUCAUUAUAUAAAGAAGAGACAUGACCCGAACAAAGAAUUCAUGUGGGAGAUGAUUUACAGAACGAUUUUUGUAAUAGCUAUUGCGAUAAUCGCAAUCAUAUUUCCCACUAUUAACGCACUGAUAGGAUUCCUGGGUGCAUUUUGUAUAUCCAGUCUCGGCUUCAUUUUUCCCCCCAUUAUUUAUUUCUUAGUCAUUUGGGACAGACCUGGUCUGGGGCGGUUUAAGUGGAGACUUUAUUUUGGAAGCAUUUUGAUAAUAGUCGGUGUAUUCUUUUCGGUUUGUGGUUCUACUGUUAAUAUAAUCGAGCUUGUGUCUAUUGCAAUCAAUCCUACUAGAAGAGUUUCGUUGGAGUUUUAA